GAUUGUCCCGUUCUCGCUGUGGCAGGCGCACGUGAAGCUCGUCACUGUUCUCAAGCUUGAUGCAUUACGCGAGGGACCCAACGGCCAGCUGAUGCCCGGCGACGGCGGCAACGCCCCCAGCAAUGGAAACGCUAGAACCAAGUACUACAUUCGCGGACAGGAGGACUUGUAUCAGGUGAAUGAGUUCGUCAAGUUCGUUGCACCCUUUGGCGCCCACUUUGUCUGGACUCUUUGGCAAUGGUUUGCCACAUUCCUGUGCAUAGUCGGAGUCGUCCUGUUCUGGCCUCUGACCGCCGUCCGUAACUACGUCCUGCAGAAGGGUGCUCAGUGGAAGCUCGGGGCCAAAAGGCAGUAGGAUGCCGUUGGCCCGGGAUGCUGGUCUGACAACUGGAUGUCGCUUCUCGAAUCGUUUGAAACAUACGUGGUCCUCCGCCGCCUGUUGGAACUGCCCAGGCCACAGCUUUCAGUCCACGGCGACCCAGCCAACGGAGGCCACUGUAAGUCCCGGGCAAACCUGGAUUCCGAGACCAUGCCUGCUGCUUUUGCCGAGAUCCUUACGCCGUUUAAGAUUUCUAGGCGACAUCAGCCUACAUGUCCGGGACUAUUUGCAGAAUCAAAACCCCCCUCGAAUACUUGGUCGCAUUCAAUCACUGGGAAUGAGGGGCUUGUACGAAAGAACGGCAAUGUACCCAAGUCUGCGUCAUCCAAACCUACCGCUAGUGGUCGCUCAGCUUAUUCAACACUGACUCAACUCAUUCAAUCUUGCCACAAUAGCAGUCGUCGUCUGAUUUCGCAGGUCGGUACCUUUCGUCGAACAGGAAAGCACCUGUCUACUAAGGACUUCGACGAAAUGCGCAAGCUUGCUUUCAAUGAAAGCAUUAACCGGUACAUCUUGAGGAAUUUCACGGCAGCCUGCGAACCAGAAUCAGACAACUCCGAUGAGCCACAAGAAGAUGUACAGCAUUCUUUCAUCUCAGAAGAGGCAUCUUUGUACAACGAUUCCAUCUUUGAUCGUCUUAACCCUCGACCCUCGUCUCGUUCUGUUUCCCAGGAGACAUCGCAGUCCACUUCAAUGGAGGUUCCAAAGCAGCAUACUUUUAUUGCCUAUGAUCCGUCCAAGCCCGGUUGCGAUUGCGAGUCUGAUUUGGACGACGAGAUUUCUGACGCCGACGCCGACAUCGACGCUGAGUGUGCCUGGGAGGCUCCUACCUCCAUGGUCCGAGUACGCUUACCGAGCGAGCCCGAAAAUUCGGGUUCUGCUUCCCAAGAGUCAGUCGAACAGUCUCAUGUUCCUGUUGCCAAGGAUCGUCGAGGCGACGAGGACGAUUCUCUGUACUACGAUCCUGAUUUCGAGCCAGUUCAGGCUGCCCUUGCUGCUUGAGGACUGGCCGGGUUUCGCGAGGCCUUUUUAAGGCUCUGUCUCGAGCAUACUUCCUAUCCUUACCCAUGGAGUUAUCAGGCUGGUUGUUAGUAACAG